GAUGGAGGCUGAGCGGGAACGGGCAGAGGUGCCCCGCCGGGCGGGGGUGCCCAGGAUGGGCCGGCGGGCUCGCCAGGACCUCUUCUCUGGUGAGAGCCUCAGCAGGAAGAACUCCUCUUCUGCGUCCACGGGAGAGGAUGAAGACCCUGAGGAAAAGGUUGACCAUGAACCACCACCCAAACCCCCACGCCGACAUGGAGGCUGGGCAGUCGAUCCUGUGCUGGCUCCUACCAAGUCAGGAAAAAAGCAUGCAGAAGAAGUAGAAGAUCAUCGUCUCAGGCAGCAGAGCCAGGAGGUAUCGAGUGAGGGAGGAGAUAUUCCUGUGAUCCCUGACUUAGAGGAAGUCCAGGAGGAAGAUCUGGCCAUGCAGGUGGCAGCCCCACCCAGUGUGCAGGUGAACCGAGUGUUGACCUACCAUGACUUGGACAAAGAUCUUAUGAAGUACGCUGCCUUUCAGACUCUGGAUGGAGAGGUUGACCUGAAGCUUCUCACCAAAGUCUUGGCUCCAGAACAUGAACUACGGGAGGACGAUGUCUGCUGGGAUUGGGACCAUCUCUUCACAGAGGUAUCCUCUGAACUAGUAACUGAGUGGGACGUGGGACAGUCUGAGAGAGAGGAUCACCUCAGUGUCCCCUAGAGCACUGAUACACCAGAUAUCUCCUCGUAUACACAUUCCCUGUAAAUAAUUUAGCACUUUAAUUUUCUGUUCGCUUGUUUGUAUUUGAGAAUAUAUUUCAGACAUGGAAAUAAAUAGAGCUUGCUCUGUAGGAAAA